AAGACUUCUCAUUUCUGGUGCGAUUCGGCCAUUCGUCAGCUUCACCACCGCCCUCCGUCCCUUCGCGGAAACGUAUCGCGAAGACGCUGAGAUUGCUUUUUUGCUGCAUAUCCACGCCCCAUCUAUACACUUCAAACCCCCACUUUGCUCCUUGCCCACGCCGGCUGCCAGACGAAGACCGUCGCCGCCUCCUUCAUCCAUUCUCCAUUGUUAGAGCUCAGUUUUCGUGGUGGCCAGAUCUCUACGCUCAAUAGAAAGGACGGGUGACAUUCACGUGCGGCGCAUUCUUAAACUUGUUCCUCGCCCCCUGUCGCCAACCGUCCUGCUAGAGCGUCUUUCGUCUCCACUGAAUCCCUUUUAUUACCCAAAGCAAAACAAACUCUCUGCCCUUGGUCGCUCGUUGCGCUGGUCUGGACGCUCUGGAGCUCUAGAGUUCGCCUUUGCCUGGACCUCUUCUCUCCUCCUCUGCCCUCACCAACCGUUUGGCCCAAUCCGCCGCUCAGCCAAGUCUACCCUUUGCUAAGCACGGCUGCCACACACGCCGCACCCAAUCUUUCCAGGCUCUGCGAGAAAGCGGGCCACGCGUGCAGCAAGCAGCCGUUCUCAAGCAACGAAGCUGCAGCGAGUGCUUCUGUCUCGUUGUCCUCUCAACGCCAACGAUCGCUGCCCGCCCACGCGGAUCAUCGUCGUGUGCUGCGACAGUGUGCAAACCGGCCUGGUCACCUGUCCGUCGUUUCCUGGUCGAACAAGUCAGCUGCUCUGAGCUUACACCUGACAGGUUCGGAAGAAAAUCGACCACAUACGGCAAGACACAGCAGACUCUGCUCUGCCUUGUCACAGUCCGGGUGUGUUGUUGCAGACGCACGGAGAUCGAUUCGCUCCGCACGCCAAAAGAUCUCGACCCUUUUUCCGUUUGACUGGUUUGAUCCUCCCACCCCACAUUCGACACCUACAAACCAAGCUCCGCAAGUGCUGUGACCUCCCCAAAACAAACGUGGCCCAAGAUGUCGGCUAAAAUGACCUUGUACAAACUGGUGGUGUUGGGGGAUGGCGGUGUCGGCAAGACGGCCCUCACCAUACAGCUUUGUUUGAACCAUUUCGUCGAAACGUACGACCCCACCAUCGAGGACUCUUAUCGCAAGCAGGUUCAGAUUGACGGCCAAUCGUGCAUGCUCGAAGUUCUCGACACUGCGGGGCAAGAAGAGUACACGGCACUUCGUGAUCAGUGGAUACGCGACGGCGAGGGCUUCGUGCUCGUGUACAGCAUCUCAUCACGAGCAUCGUUUGCAAGAAUCGAGAAGUUCCAUCGUCAAAUUCAGAGAGUCAAAGAGUCAUCACAAUCGGGAUCGCCCUCGUAUCCCGGCUCGCCGCUGAGCACGACAUCAACCGGCUCCGGUAGCUUCGGCCCAGCGCCCAUCAUGCUCGUGGGCAACAAGUGCGAUCGUGUCACAGAGCGAGAGGUCUCGACACAAGAGGGCAGCGCCCUUGCACGCGAACUCGGCUGCGAUUUUGUCGAGGCGUCUGCAAAGAACUGUGUGAACGUCGAGAAGGCCUUCUACGAUGUUGUGCGCCAGCUGCGACGCCAGAGGCAACAGAUGUAUCGCUCAUCUGAUCACAGGAGAGGAACCCACAACUCCGAUCACGGUCGUCGGAUACCACGAGACGAGCGAGCGUACGGGCGCGACAAAGAUCGCCGGAAACGCGACAGGAAGGAAAAAGGCGGCUGCACCAUACUAUGAGCCUGCCCGCAUGGUGGCAGCGUUAUGGGACUAAGGUCAUGCUUGUUGGUACUGGCACAUGCGUUUCGCUCGACAUCUACUCGCCCAAUUCUCCAGCGAUCAAGGAACACCGUUCAAAAUCGCCCCUUGACGCUCUCCAUCCACCCCAAUGAAGCUUCUAAACACUAGCACAAGGUUGUCGUACAAUUUUGCACCUCACUGGUGCCCUUGGUUGUUUGUACUAGCCGGGCGUUUCGGUCAGCCUGGUGUCACGAAGACAUCCACUACCAUCUUCCCACCGGGCCACAAAAGCUGGAUGUCUGUUUUUGGAUAUAAGGUUGUUUGGAUUACAGGAGAAUGGAAAGGUUGUCUGGGAUAGGACACUGGCGUUCUUGGUCCCUGUCAAAUGACGUUGGACGCAUCAUUUCAUGGACGCACAGCGAAGAAGGUUCAUGGAGAUUUACUGCAUGAUGGCGGCGCACUUGUGGUUGGCGAAACAUGGCGCGCAUAGCAAGCAUAAGGUUUUUUCUGCGAUCACCUUGCUUGGCUCGCGGACUCGUUCUGCUAGGGAAGAGUUCCCCGCGACUUGUAUCCUUGAAUCAGGCCAUCUGACCGCUAUCAGCAUGGUUCAGCCUUGAGAAUAAAAAAAAAUGCAAAUCCACGAGAGAGUUCAUGACUCAAGUCUGUCCAUCCCUGCACAAUUCUUAGGGGUGCUUCUGUAGACAAGUCCCUUUUUAUCACGACGCACAAGCUCUUCAAGGCCUUAUCU